ACACAUUCAGAUGUUCUCUGGUGCUGACCCAUAGUUUUGCAUGGCGGAUUUGAACACUAGUUCUAGAGAAGAGGUUAUGCGUGUGCUUACACGUCCAGAAGGCUGCUUUGAACAUUGGCUCACACCUGUCAAAACUAAGCAAACACAGUGAAGAGACCACGUUGGUUUGGUCCUGGAGUUUGCACAAACUGUAAAUCAGAAGACACAAGGACUGAGAGGAGCUGCAUUCAGUUGCACUUUCUCUAGAGGAGGAAAACUGGCGUCAGCCUGCAACAUGCCCUACUCAUUCGACUGGCUUUGCAAGGAUGUGGUCAAAAAGCUUCAAGGCGAAGAUCUGUGUCCUGUCAAAAGUCUGUCAAAUGCGAUGAAGUUCCGUCCGUUUGCGAUACUGCAGAAGGAUUCUAAAAUACUUCCUUGGACAGUUCAAGAUAUUCCAGUUGGAUAUUCCCUCUUGCAGAUCUUGGAGCCAAAUUUUCCCAGCCCAGAGACUGAAGUGUUACCCACCAUGACCUUCACAAGCAUUGUAUUCCACGAAGUGGAGGGUGGUGUGGGUGUCCACGCCAUUGCAGAGGGAAGUGUGUCAGCAGGGCAUGGUCAUUCCUCAGGAUACGACAUCGAGGUUCAGUGUACCAGCAUCCCAGCUUCACAACUGGACAUUCUUCAAAACAGGAAACUGGUGGAGAAGGAGCCAUCGUUUAUGAAGCAUUGCCGGAUUGGAAGGAAGGACCUGUAUGUUGUGACAGAGGUCUAUGUAGUGACCAGGGAUAUAGUGCUGGAAGACAGUAGCAGUGGCGACCUUUCAGGAAAAGUGCUCACCCCCCAGUUUUUCAAGGCUCAAGUCCAGGGACGUUGGCAAAGGAAGACAAAGAAUUCAGUAUCUAUCCCAAAGGGUGCAGUGGUGGCCUACAAGAAGAAGAAACUGGUCUUUGAUGAUGACACUUGUGCCAUUCUCCCUUUUGAUAACUCCAAGAAGAAAACCUUCCCAGUCCCACAGACUAGAGGAUUGCUAGUUUGUGAGAUAAAUAACAUCUCUCCAAUUGGUGAGUAUGUGUCUGAUGGGGUUGUUAUGGAGAUCUGGGCCAUCUUACUGUGCCCCCCCUAUCCCUGGCUCUGGUUCCUGCGGGAGGGUAAAGGUCAUGGAAGACUGGAUGGGGCAGGAGGAGAAGCAGGAGAGGGAAUCUCCUACGUGUGUUCUUCUUUUCUAGGAAGGUUAGAUGAACCCUUGCAUAAUGAUUUCCAGCAUCUACAAAAUGAGAUUUCUGAGAAAACAGGGUUACUGGCCAUGCUUUCAAAGGACGUUCAACAUGCUGUGUUCUCUAGUCUCCUGCCCAUGCUAGGAGACAGGGACACUCUGUAUGACCUGAUGUCCAUGCUGGAGUUGGAUCAGUUGGGGCACAUGGAUGGCCCAGGUGGUAUGAUCCUCUAUGAGCUGCGAAAGGACUCACAGGAUAUCCUAAAGGACCUCAUUCUUUAUCUUCUUCAGGCCCUAAUGGUGCUGAGUGAUACCCAACUCAGUCUGCUGGCCCAGUCUGUGGAGAAGAGGCUCCUCCUCCACCAACGAGAGCUGGUGAAGAGCAUCCUGGAGUCCAACUUCAAGUAUUCCUGGAACAUCCCCUUCACUCUGCAGCCUCAGCUCCUCACCCCACUCCAGGGGGAGGGCCUGGCCAUUACUUACGGAUUGCUGAGCGAGUGUGGCCUGCAGAUGGAGCUGAAAAAUCCCAGGUCAACUUGGGAUCUGGAAGCCAAGAUGCCCAUGUCUGCGCUUUAUGGGAGCCUGUCGUUCCUGCAGCAACUUGUAGAAGCCAAAUCCUUCUCAGAGCCUGGCCUCAGUCUAGUCGAUGCUGAGUCCUGGAUGCAUUUGGGAUAUGGACACAGAAGAGGGGAUAUUUUUGUAGAUGUUCUAGGUGGGGGCAUGAAGUAUGCUAAAACUAAGGGUUCUUUUGAAUUUUCCAUUCAUUCACAAUUAUAUAAAUAAUAUGUUUUGAUUAUAUUCACCUCCCCCAGUGUCAUUUUUUAUGCAUCUACUCCAAGCCCUUAUCCACUAUCUUCUCAUUGAACAUUUUUAUGCUCUAUUGCACUUAAUUAGGGUUUUUUUUUGCAGGGCAAUAGGAUUAUUAAUCUGAGUAAGGAAAACUUCCCAGAGGCUACACUGUUGAGCAAUGUGACUCCUCCCCCCAACACCAUUAACUUCCUACAGUGUCCUAGGGAGGAGUGGGGCCUUAUAGGCUCCUCCUCUAUCCCGGGUGGAAUAUGAGUGGCCCUGGGCUCUCUUGGGCUAGUGCAGAUAGCUGUUAGUACUGUGAUUUUAUGGGUGUAAUAAACAUUCUACAUCCUUGCCAUGUCCAUGAGUAUUUUUGCUGGUGUCUUUCACAACUCCUCAAAUAGCAGGCUAAAGUUUUAAACAUAGUCUUAUAUGUAAAAUAAAAUAAAUGCUACUUUUA